AUUGGCAUAGUUUUUUGUAUGACAAGUCAGGUAAACUGAACUUCGAGAAACAAUUGUAAUGCAAUUUAUCUUUCCAACAUUAUGCAAGAUAAUAUAAAGUCUUAGAAAUGAACAUCUGCAUUGUUAGUGAACUAAAAAUCAGUUUGCUAUGGAAAUAUAUGACUUUUAAACAAGUCAUGUCCUUUUGCUAUAAAAGGCAAUAGUUGCCCCUCAGCUAUUUUUUCCCUCACAUAUCUGCUCAAGCUUGUCUGGACAAACCACUAAAUAAUGUACAGUACAAGCAUAGGUGUUUAGGACAGAAUAUCAAUAACCAUCACAUUUUUUCAUGUACAUUUGUUAUAACUUGCAUGGUGAAGUCAACACGCCCACUAUUGUGCUGCCUAAAUAUGCUCAGUUCUUAUGAGAUAUGAUCUUUGCAAAUAGAUCUGACUGUAUGUCUUCUUUAGCUGACUUUUUUAACAGUUCAUUUGCUUUGUCCAUUGCGUCAACCUUCCUGACACUUGAUCUCUAUCUGUGCAAGCUCACUGAGUGAGUCUCUAUAAAAGAUUUCAGUUGUCUUUAAUGAUGGCACUUUUUUGUCUUUUUCAAAGCAGUGCGUGACAUCAGGCAUUUAGCUUCUCAACAGGUUGAGACUUGAACGUUCAGGCAGAGGAAGUGCUUAGCCUUCAAGUCUGAGCAGCUUUAAAAAGCUCUGCUUUGGGAGAACAGACAUCCAAAGGUGUGGCGUCUACACGGGUUAGGAAUCGGUUUGGACCAGGAAUCUUUAAAAUACUGCAAACUACACAAAUAUGAGCAGCACGGACAGCCCGGACAACACGGACAACAUCUGUCAGGAGAACAUAGACAAUAACCGAGGGCUGUAUAUUUUCUACUCUUCUGUGGUAGGUCUGGAGUUUAUCUUGGGUCUCCUGCUGAACAUUACAGUUAUUCAUCUCUUCAUCUUCAAGCUCAAGUUCUGGAAAUCUAAAACCAUUGACAUUUUCCUGUUCAAUCUGGUCCUGGCUGACAUUUUGUUGCUGAUUGGAUUGCCCGUAAAGGCGUAUAACUUUCAGCAAUGCAGUGAAAAUAAGGUAGUGUGCAAAGUACAGCUCUUUCUGCAGUUUCUCAACCGGGGAGCCAGCAUCGCCUUCCUGACGGUCAUCUCCAUUUACAGAUAUUUUAGCGUAGUCCAUCCUUUGAAGAGGAAAGUCAUAAGGAUUUUGAAACAUUCGCCUCAGAUUUCUAUAUUUAUCUGGGUGCUACUGACAAUUUUGACGAUUCCGGCCAUGUUGCAAAGUUUUAUCAGAUGCAACAGCAAUGAACAUGAUGAGGAACUCAGUUCUGUCAUUGUACUGAGGGAAAUUGUGUUUUUUACCCAGAUUCUGAUCCCCUUUUUUGUUCUUGUGUACUGCUCAAUACGGAUUAUCAAAAAACUCAAACAGACAUCGGUGGGCGACAAGACUAAACUCCGGAGAGCGAUGUUCCUCGUCACUUCGGUGGUUCUCGUCUUUGCUGUCUGCUUCUUGCCGUAUGCCAUUACAAGAGCAAUACAGCUGAAGAAUAAUGGGCUCGUGAUGAAAGAGGAAAAAGAUACUGUUGUUAAGGUGUACGAUGGGCUUGUUUGUCUCUCUUAUCUGAACUGUCUGCUGGAUCCAAUCCUGUAUUGCCUGAGCAGCAGUAAAUUUAAGAAGUUAUACAUGUCAAUCUAUCUUCCCUUUCUGCUGGAGAAGGAACAACCGGAAAAUUCAGACGACACUGCAGAUGAGUGAACGACGCAUGCCAGCUGAAAAAGAAGAUUCUUUGAAAAGACUAUUGAGGGAAAUUCAGUGAAUUGUUGGCAGUUGUUUUGUGGUUAAUACAUUUUGAAUAGUUGACAUAUCAUGUCCAAGACUUAUUUAUUUUUGAAAUGUUUUUUUUUUUUAAAUCAAAGUCUUGAUUUUGGCUGUGAUCAUUUUAAACAACCCCAUUUGCCUUUACUAGUUCAUUUUAAAUGGUCAUGCGGUGUGAAUUUUAAAUGCAGAAAUAGUCCAUGUAUUUUGCUUAUGACCUCAUAUUACUUUACUAUUUAACAGUAAAUAAAAUAUGAGGUCACAGAUGCUGAAUGCAUAAUAAUGACAAAACAAUUAGCCAUAUACUGUUUAAAAUAGUUUUAAAUGAAGUAGCAUGUCGUCACACUGAAGCAUCUCCAGUUUAAUUUUUGAACAGCCUAAUCUUCUGUUUACAUUACGUGUCUUGCACAUAUUGGACAUUCUGGUGUGAGUGAUGUAGAUUUGUAAAUGAGUCACAGACAGUUGUCUGGUUUCUCUAUAACUGGAAAGUUAUGAUACAAGAGACUUCUCUGUCAGGCACAGAGGAAGAAAUGUCUAAGAUUUUAUGUUUUACUUACAUUUCAUGUUACUAUAAUUUUUUGCAUGUAUUAUUAUUAUUGUUUGAUUAUUGAUAUGUAGAGAAUGUAGUGAAUUUUGUUACAACCCUAUUGUAAAUGUACAUUUUUCAAAAGACUAUAAAGAUAAAGGACUUCUCGA